AUGACUGAGAGUUUGGAGGAGGUUUCUGUGCCUCUGGUAAAUAUACAAGAAGAAGUUCUUGUGGUUGGAGGGACUUAUGAUGGUGGAAUAAUUGGUUUAAGCUUGAAAUCUCACUUGGGUAAGAAGAAUAAGCAGGUAAGUAGUGCUGAGGAGGAUGCAGAUGAGGAGAAGAAUAAAGGCAUUAAGGGUAUUUUCAACAUGAUUUUUGCCUUUAAGGCACACCUUGCUAGUAUUAAAGAUAUGGACUCUAGAGGAAAUCUACUUGUUACUGCAAGUACAGAUGAAACAAUGAGGAUUUACAAUUUGAAAACCAGGUGUGACAGUGGUAUGUUAACUAAACAUCAGGGAAGUGUGACUUACGUGUGUUUGUCUUGGAACUCUAAAUACUUAAUUUCAUGUGGAGAGGACAAAGUCGUUUGCAUAUGGAGAUGUGCAAAUUGGGACCCAGUUAAAAGCUUUGAUGACAUUCAUGAAUUUACUCCAAUUUCAGCAGACUUUCAUCCUUCAAUGAAAUUAGCUUUGACUUUAGAUAUUGAAGGAAAUAUAUGCAUGUUGGACCUUUUACAGGGGACUUUGGCAACUAAAUUUACCGUGCCAGGGUUGGGAAAGAAAGGUGCAAAUUUGAACAGAAGAUUUGGACUUUUUACCCUGAUAAAAUUUAAUGUGGAUGGGAGUUAUUAUGCUGUGCUUUCUCAAAGAGAGCUAGUGAUUUCCAGUAUAACAGACGAUGAUGACUGGUAUUUAAGUUCUUCGACUGCUAAUUUAGGACUUGGACCUGUUCAGAUUACUUCUUUUUGUUGGAUUACUAACCAAAUCUUUCUAGUUGGUUCUUCUAAUGGACAAUUCAGAAUGAUCCAAAUUACAAGAGAAAGAUUAACCGAAUUGGAAAUUAUCUUUACUUUUUCAAAUGAGAUUUCUAAUGAGAUUAAGAAUCCACAUCUUGGAAAUCGAAUUAAGGGGAUUUGUACUAUUGGGUAUGACCAUCUUAAGUAUCGAGACCCUAAUCAUUACAAGACUUAUGGAAAACUGGUAACAUGUGAUUCAUCAGGUAUUUUUGUUCUUUUUAAUUUUACCUUAAACUUGAGCGAAGAAACUGGCAAAAAUUAUUGUGAAUUUGAAAUUAUGGAUGUGUUUGACUCAGAUAACAGAAUUACUUGUAUGGUAAUUGAGGAUAGAAACCCAAAAGAUCCUUUAUCUUUGACAUACCAGAUUGAUCCUGAUACUCAGGAAGAGAAUGGUUGUUUGCCUAAAACUUUUGUUAAAGGUAACAAACAACUUAAGGUUGUUAAGAAAAGCAAACAUGGUAGUUCAACAAAGAAAACCAACUCAAAGCAGUAG